AGUGUUUUAUCCUUGUGGGGGAACACUAUGCCGGGUGAUCGGGCUCGAACCACGGAUGUUGCGUUCUACAAUGUGGAGAGCGGGAACGGCAGAGACCGACGUGACAGGAGUCGGUAUUGAACUCAACGUAGGACUCCAGCGCCGGGAUUUUCCUCGGGGUUUAACUCCCAAAACCUCUCCCGAUAAUCCUCAACAAUGACAAACAAGGCACUCAUUAUAUCUGCUCCUGGCAAGGUUAUUUUACAUGGAGAGCAUGCUGUGGUCCAUGGAAAGGUGGCUCUCGCAGUCAGCCUAAACUUAAAAACAUAUCUCCGGAUGCAACCACGUGCUGAUCAACAAGUACAAUUAUAUUUGCCAAAUAUUGGCACCCAUCUGAGUUGGAAAACCACGAACCUUCAGUUCCUGCUGACAGCAAUUGAUGCUGAUGUCCAGAGUCCAAAGGCUGCGAGCCAGGAGCUAGUGGAGCAACUGAGACAGAAAGCAGAAAUACCAGAAGGCUAUACAGACAUGAUGAGCCUCAGUGUCCUCUGUUUCCUUUAUUUAUAUGGUGCUAUCUCCAGCAGCAAAAGUCAGUUGCCAAGUGUAGACAUUGUAGUUUGGUCUGAGCUUCCAAUAGGAGCUGGCCUGGGAUCCAGUGCUGCAUAUUGUGUGUGUCUUGCAGCUGCUCUUCUGACUGCCAGUGGGGCCAUAACUUGUCCAGACCUGCAAGAGAAAGACAUCGCUAGAUGGAAUGAUGAUGAACUGGAACUGAUCAACAAAUGGGCUUUUCAGGGAGAAAAGUUGAUACAUGGGAACCCAUCUGGUGUGGAUAAUGCCGUAGGAACAUGGGGAGGAGUGUUGAGAUAUCAUGCAGGUAAAAUUAUCCCUUUAUCCAGAGUCCCCACUCUCCGGAUACUGCUUACUAAUACAAAGGUCUCAAGAAGCACUAAAGUAUUAGUAACUGGAGUAAAGGACAAACUUAAUAAGCUACCAAGCAUAAUAAAACCUGUGCUGGACUCAAUAGAUGCUAUUUCCUGCGAGUGUGAACGUAUUCUGGCUGCUAUUGCAUCUGGUGGUGAUACAAAUGAACACUACACAAUCCUGGAGGAACUUAUUGACAUUAACCAGCAUCACCUGAAUGUCAUUGGAGUGGGUCAUUCCUCAUUGGACAAGUUAUGUCAGGCAACAGCAGCAUAUGGUCUGCACAGCAAAUUGACUGGAGCGGGAGGUGGCGGAUGUGGCUUAACACUGCUUAGACCAGAUACAAGUCCUUCUGUGGUAGAAGCUUCUAAACAGGCUUUAAAAGACUUUGGGUUUGAUUGCUGGGAGACAAAUAUUGGUGGAUUCGGUGUGUCUUUGCAGUUGCCAUCCUCCCUGCGGAAGGACGUAUUUCAGAUUUUAUGUGACAUGAGGAGUUACCAAUAAGGAACUUUGGAAGCAUAUUGUAAUUAUGCUGAUCAUUUGCACAUACCAUGUUUGUUUAUUAGAUUCUGUCUGUGUACAUUGGACUUGAUCACCUCAUUUUCAAUCAUCUCAUUUUUAAUUUAAUUUCCGUUCUUUUCUUUCUCUCUAUACCCCCCUCCUCUUCUCCCACAAAGCAGGGAUUCCCAACCUUUUCUUAUGCCAUGGACCCCUACCGUUAACCAAUGGGUUCGUGGACCUAAGGUUAAGAACACCUGCAUUAAAAAAAAACUUCUUUGGUUUUUCAUUUUCACCUUUUAAAUGUGAUAAUCCAAAAGUAUUUUCAUUGGAAAGUGCUGCUUAUUUUCAGUUUGGUUCCUAAUUGAAGAUUAGUUCUUAUAUAAAUAAAUGCUUGAAAAGUGAAGGCAUUCAUCCAUCCAGGUAGGAGAAACUAUUCUUGCAGAGUAUAGCUGGAAGAAGGUUCACCAGUCACGUUUUGAAACCUUUUAAUUCAAGCAAAUUACUUGUUAUUGGUGGUAAUGUCUUGUACUGUUAUAAACAAUACACUGAAUAUAAAUUUUCUGAAGGAGCAUAAUGAGUAUUUAGUGGGGAAAAAAAAACACUACAUGAAAUUCAUUAAUAUGUUACCUGCAUUGAUGAAUUUUAGUUAUGGAGAGAAAUUGGAGAGGCUGUAUUUAUUUUCCUUUGGAGCAUAGGAGACUGAAGGGGACCUGACACAGGUACCAUAUAUAAAAGGUGUAGAUGUCAGAAUCCUUUCCCAUGGUAGGGGUAUCAAAACAAAAAGGUAUAGGUUUAAGGUGAGAGAAAGGAGAUUUAAAAGAUAUUUGAGGGGAUUCUUAUUCAUCUCUGUAGUGAAUGGUUAAUAUCUUGAACUGACUAUCUAAAUGUCUCAUUAAAUGUAUAGUGAUUGUAGCUGACUCCACCUCAUCCUCGGGCAAAGAUAGAAACAAGAGUUGGAAGGAUUUAGACCGUGUAUAUACAAGUAAGUUCUAGAUGGGCAGGGAGGUUUGCAUGAAUGUGAUGGGCUGAAGGGCCUUAUUCUGUGUUGUACAAAUGUAUGACUCUCAGAUCUCUUAGGAUAGUUUUCAUGUACUUUUCUUUGGUUUUGAGAGAAAAGACAUUAAUCAGGAUGUUGGAGUAGCCGGCAUCCAUGAAAUGAAGACUUAUUGAAAUCUAAUUCUGUCUUUGUGGUCUUGUUUGCCUCACAGGGACAAGAAAUGUGCAGUGUGUGGUUUUGUUUGUGGUGUAUCACCGUUGAAUCACCACUCAGCUUUAUUCCUCUUCUCUGAAAGAUGCUGCCUCACACUGUUCACAUUAAUUGUUAACAUUAUCAGUUAGGGUUGGUAUGGGCUGACAUUGUUGGAAGAGGAGCUCAGAUAAUUGUAAACAGGUUUCAGAAUUUGAAAUCUGGUUUCUGUCUAUGCCAAUACAUUUUUCCAGUUAGAAUCCUGAACAGUAUUUAUAAUUGAAAAUUUCCAUUUUUUGUUUACUUUCAUGUUGCUAUGAUAUAGGACUGCUGUCCAAAGUGUAUCAGCAUUAACACAAGAUUUCAAGAAUGUUUGUUCAAAUGCAGGUAACUAGCUUUGUGCAAAUCACAAAUUAAAAUUAAAAAGAGUUACAUGA